AUGCCGAAAGAGAUCAAAGAAAUCAAGGAAUUUUUGAUGACUGCGCGGCGGAAGGACGCAAGAGCUGUGAUUAUUAAGAAGAAUCCGGAUAAUGUAAAAUUUAAGGUUCGCUGCAGUAAAUACCUCUACACACUGGUUAUUCAGGAUACGGAGAAGGCUGAAAAGCUGAAGCAGUCUUUGCCGCCCGGCCUUCAAGUUAAAGAGAUGAAGUGA